AUAAGGAGGGAGUCAACUGAAACCUAAAGGUCCUGAUUAACUAAGUCAAUAAAAUCUUGAGUGUGAGCAGUUAGUGUGCAAUGUGACUUCAACCUGAGGCAAAGUUCUGUCAUACAAAAAAGUAGUUUUGGCAUUUUUUACUCUGCAGAUCUUACAAAGUUCCCAACCAGCCUCUCUGUCUGCCACCACUGCAUACGUCACCAUAAUGGUUCAUCGCAGCUGCUCUGUUGAGAUCAACAACAACUCCAGCUACUACACUCUGGCCAAUCCAAGAGUGUUCACUGAGAGCGGCUACUGUGAGGUUCCUUUGUCACCAUUUGUGGGCCCCUGCUGUAAUGCCAGUGCGCUGUUCAACAAGGUCACCGGUGCUGCAACCGGAGCUGUUGGCGUCUUUACCUACGACCUUUUCAACCCUAGCAUUAAUGACUAUAGCCACAUCAUGGCGGUCAUGUAUUCUGUGCCCUUUGACCGAAACCUCUACUCUAACUGGUUUGCUGUGGGAAUCUUUGACAGAGGAAACAACUGUGACUAUAAUCUUUAUGACAUUAUGUAUAAUGGAAGUGAAAUUAAUUUUGUAAGAGCAAAGGCUGACGGCUCCAGUAUUUGUUAUAAUGGUGACUAUGUGGCUGUCGGUGCCUCCAUGUCAGACAAUGGUGAAGCAGUUCUGAGGGUGGAUGUCAACGAUGCUGGCAUGUAUUAAGCCAACAUACUGACUGAGUUCACUGAGUUCAUACUGUUAUACACGAAAUAAAGAAAUACAAAUAUAUAAAUAAAUCUUAAAUAUAGCUAGAAAUGCAAUGCUUAAUUACAAAUUAAAAACAACAUGUGUUUCCAUUAACAUCAUGUUUCUUUGGAAUUGUCAAUAUAUAGACAAAAUGUAACUGCAGAAAAUGUGUGAUUCUCAUUUUCUGACUGAAGAUUUAAUUUAGCUGAAUAAUGUGCUUACAAUAAACUGAUUGCAUUCAAAACUCCAAGCGUCCACUACCAAUAAAUGUAAAAAAUCUAACAAAAAAUUGAUGCAUGUCUUUGUCUUUUCUCUCAGGAAUGCCUUCAGAUUCAAAUUGUAGGAGAUGUAGCUCUGAUAUUAUCAAGGUAAUCUGCAGCCAACUUCUAUGCAGUCAUAGAAGUUGGCCAUUUUCACUCUGUCUUCUUGUCUGCAUCUGUACAGAUAUGAAAUGCAAAUCAAAUAAGUGGAAGCAUCCUUGUUCUACCCAGUUUUUAAAGAUGUAUUAAAGUCCUACACCAGUCAUUGAUUAAAAAUUAUUAACUGUAUAAAAA